UCGCGGCGACCCUCAACCUGAAAGCAUCGUGUAUCCGUCGGCGCCGUCACCCGGCAAAAGGGGGAUUUGCGGACCGUGUGGACGUGGUCCGAGGCCGCGUUGGUUGUGUGAAACGUGAGAACCUCUCCCGGAAUCGUCCGUGACCAAAUUCGUGCGCGUGUCGGCGAGAGCGUCUUCGUCGUCGUCGUCGUCGUCGUCGCGGCGCUUCUUCGAGAGGAAGGUAAUGGGAAAUCUCGCGUAGUAAAUUCGGUGAACGCAGUCGGUCAGGAGAGGAGUAACUCUGUCUCGUCGUUCUUCCCCCUUUUUCCCGCGACUCGUAAUACGAUCCGCGAUGCGAUGUCUGUGUGAUAUAUACGUGUGAAAAGUGUUUUUUCCCCACCUCCCCCCGCGAGUACUGUCUUGUCAAUUUUGCCCGCAUCUCGGAGUCCGAGAAGAAUAUUGCAGACGGAAGGUGGGAACGAGACUUAAUCGAAGGUGUUUGUGUGACGGAUCGUCGAAAAGGAUGUCUCGUGGCACGUGGCACCGGUGGUCGGUGCUCUUGCUGCUCCUGCUGGCCACGCGAUUCCUCUCCGUCCACGGACAAUGCGGAUCGUACGCCCAGGAUCGACAGGAGAAGCAGGACAAGCAGGACAAGCUGGCGCUAUACAAAGUUAUCCUGAGGACCUACUGGUCGAGGGCGCGAUUCCCACGACAUUAUCCGGAGUGGAAGCCCCCGGCGCAGUUUGGCAAACUGAUCGGUCGGACGCACGACUCGAUUUACACUCUGUACAGAUUAGGCGAGAGACUGUCUACGGGCGCUAGGUUGUACGUGGAAACUGGAAGAGCUGAUGGAUUGGACACGGACGGGGAUUCGCCCAAUAGCCUCCACUCCUUCACAGGCCCACCGAUACCUCAAGGCGAAGGCACUAGCGUUACUCGAGCCUUCUUGGAUGGCAAUCACACUCUAAUUAGCAUUAUGGCGCGCAUCAAUCCCAGUCCCGAUUGGUUCGUUGGCGUGGAUUCCUUCCAAUUGUGCGUCGAGGGCAAUUGGGUCGAUACCGUUACCGUCGAGCUCGACCCGCUGGAUGGAGGCACGGAUAACGGCUUCACAUUCACGGCUGCCAACUGGCCGACGCAGCCCCAAGGAAUCGCUUACAGGAUCACAUCCCGAUAUCCGGCACAUCCCGCGGGAAGCUUCUAUUAUCCGAAUCUACCUCGUCUACCGCCGAUAGCUACCCUCACAUUUACCAAGCUGCGCGAAUACACCCUGACCGAAUCGUAUCAUGAAGACGAUGUCUUGGUGGAAUUCGUCAGCAACGACAAUCUCCAAGCGAACAGCGAGGCUCCCCGAGGAAUCGAUCCGAACAGGGACCUAAACGAGGCCAUAGCCGAGGAACGAAGGGAAAUGGACACCCAGAGAUACAGAUACUGGAGCACGACAGGGAGCGGUCAACAGAUCGUGACGGACGUUCCGCGCGAUAACAAGGCGGCGAUCAUCAACAGCAUCGCCUCGUCGUACGCGUCGUGGCAGCGGCCGAGGUAUAACGCUACCCCGAUGCCGCGAACUUCGAAGAUCAUCACCGUCGACGGUGAUAAAACGAGACAGUACAGCGAGACAGGAAGAUCCAACUGGCCGUACUAUCAGACAUACAGACGAACGGCGGAAGCGCAGAAGGCGCAGAUCUACGAGGAUAUCCAAAGGAAGAUUGCGAAUGCGUCGAAUAUCUCGAGUAUCAAUUACUCAUUCGCGAGCAACGCGACCAACUUGGCGGAUCAGCGCCAGCACAGACUCAGGAUGAAGCAUCACGGGUUGACGUCCAAGGGCAAGCGAGUUAGAACACGCGCACCGAGAGAUUGCAAGAUCGGCGAAUGGGGUCCGUGGAGCGCGUGCAGUCGCAGCUGUGGGGUAGGCGAGACCCAGAGGACGCGGAAGGUCACGAUAAAGCCGCGCCGAGGAGGCGCCCCGUGUCCGCCGUUGAAGGAGACAAAGUGGUGCGGCAGCGUAAAUCCGUGCUCGGAGAGCAAGCCGAUCAUCGAUUACCAUUGGUAGUCAUCGUCGGGGGUCUUUCACGAACACGUGUACCAAAGUGACUCGCUCUCACGGACGAAAGGUCGCGCGGGCAAGCGGACGACGAGACGGGUGAGGAGCGAUUUAUGCGAGAAAUGCGCACGCAAACGGGACGGACGUGAUCGGUAUGAGAAAUUAAAUUAACGGAGAAUGAUAUAAAGUUGAAGUUGAGAAUAUCUUUUAUAUCGACAUGGCGCUGGGAAUGUAUUAUUGUGGGCUAUAGAAAGAGAGUAGUGAUUCGUGUGGUUUGACAAUAUAUAUUACAGAAAAAUUUCGUAAACAAUAACUCUGAUAUCUUUAGGAAAAGAAGGGCUGUUGCAGCGACCAUUGGCACCGGACGAUAAUACUACGUAUGUUUACGCAAACGAUCGUGCACGACGUACAUAUUUUUGUUACGUGCGACUUAAAGCGACAUAAUCUCAUGGUAUAAUUUUUUUAAUUACGAUCACAGAAUUUGCGAUUAUUACAUAAAACCGAGAAGGAUAUCAUGGUCGUCAUUCGGUGACUUUAUUUUACUCGCUUACAUUUAUUGUCGUUUGAUGUCACCGUGCAAUACAUAUUAUUUGCAUCCCUCAAAUUCGCCAACAUUGAAAACAUUGUCAAAGAUCGCCAGAGAAAUCCAAAUAGCUGACUCGUAUUGUAUCGAGUUUCCGCGUGUAUCACUAAAAUGCGUUUGAGUCUCGAUUUUCACCCGGAGCGCGCGGCGUUCCGAUUUUUUUUUGUUUUUUUUUUUUUUUUUUUUUUUUUUUUGUUUUUUUUUUUUUGGGAAUAAUUGAACAAUCGAGCACUGUUUGUCGAAUUUGUUAUGGUAAAGUUACGGUGAAAAAGCAACGUAAAAGAGAAGAAAAAAAUCGUGUAUCUAUCUGCGAUAUUCGUUUCACUAAUACAACGCAGAUCUGCAAAUUGUUGUAUUUAUCUAGUCAUAUCAAUACGUCUGAGAUUAUGAAAAUACCAAAGAUUGAUUUAUAUAUUAAUUUGACGAGAAAAUGGCUUUUGAAAAUUAAAUUAAUUCGCGAUUUCAACUCGCGUCGAAAGCGAGUUUAAUAUGGGAUAACGUGACUAUAACACGCCUCGAUCUUUGCACGCGAUCGAAGGUAGAAAUGAACCUCGGCAUAAUUGGAAAAUUGACCCAACUUUCCGGAAGAAAAACGUUACAUGCAAUUAAUCUGAUAGUUUAAUCGCCGGUACAAAUAAUAUACCGCGAAUGAUCGACGUGUACCACACGCUCAGGCGCGAGAAAUUUCUCCGGUGAAAUUUAACCGUCGCGUGCCACACCAUAGUCUCGCUGAGAUUAAGUCGACGUUUCUCGGAACCUAGUACAUUGCUUGUUAGAGCGAAGUUUUUAUCGGCCCGCUAUUUUCUAUCACGAAACGAAAACGGUCGUGUGCGAGAGAUUUGCGAUGGAAUUCUCCUUAAACAAGGUAUAAAUAAAGUUAAUAAUCAACUUAAAAUAAGAUCUCUAAAUGAGAUCUUUUUUUAAUUAAAAGGAAAUAUUAUUUCUUAUAUUUACUUGUAAUUGUAUAUUCUCUUUUUAUUUGAUUGCUAUAUUCUUGGAAUUCUAUACUUACUUUAUCCUUUAUGGUAUAACUUUUUGUUCCCAAAGGAAUUUUAUUUUCGAGAAAAUUCGCAAGAUACGCUUGCAAUUUUUUGCGAAACGUCGUGCAAUGAUCGAAAAGGUUAAAAUAUCUCGUGGGAAGAAAAAAAAAGCGUAAGAUCGAUGUCCGCGUAGGGCGUGUCGAGUAAACGCCAGAGCGAUUUUCAGCGCGCUCGUACAGAUUUUCAGAAUCCCAGACAAGGUCGCGUGAGUGUUUUUCGCAAAGCGUCUCCUCGCUCGAUAGAGAAUACCGUGGAAUAAAGCAGGAACCCAUAGAGCGGGUGUUCCGCAAAAUUUGAUUUUUUUUCUCCACCGUCACCGAGAGUGCUGCAUCUCUCUCUCUCUCUCUCUCUUUCUCUCUCUCUCUUUCUCUGUCUAUCUGUUUCUCUCUCGUGGCGUGGUAGGGAAAUUUUUACAAAGAUAUCAUCAGGUACGUCUUAGGUGAGUGUAUUAUAUCUUAGGCAUAAAUUUAACGAUAAUAAUUAACAAUUAACGUCUAAUUGUAACACUCGUUAAUUAUUAGGCCCGUAUUAAUCGCGUUCGCGACGCGGAGUUCGGCGUUGGUCGCGCAGAAUAUUCGAAAUUUCAGUUAUAAAAAUGAAAUCGAACCAUCCCGUAGAGAGGGAUGGAUCUAUAGAUCUAAAAGAGUGACUCGACGUUGAAUUCCGCACGCGACGUAUAUACGUCGACGCACGGCUUGUCCUUCGUAUUUAUUAAUGUCCGUAGCCACUAUUCUCACCGGAUAUUCAGUGCUGAAUGCCCGAUCGUGAAGAUUUAUUGAUAUAUAUAAUACGAUCGAUUAAAUUAGAAUUUUAAAAAUAGUCAUAAUUUGCAAAAAUUGCGUAGUCGCGUUUAGCGCUGAACACGCGGCGAGAAUAGAGGUUUGCGUAGCUAAAGUAUUGUAAUUAUACAACUUUUUUUUACCCGAAUUUAUAUGUUAAUUUUGACAGGAAAAUGAACGUAAUGUAAAAAAGCUAUUGUGUCAGUUCACUAUACGUCAUUGUAAUAAAAGGAAAUAACGUAUAAAUUUUCAAAAUCAAUUUCGUAUAUGACGCAACAAUAAUGAUUUCUCUGCUGCGUUGGUUCUAGCGAAAUGUAAAAUAAGCACGCUAUGAAAAAUAAUGGUACGGGCGGAGAAUAUAGCGUACUGUACAAACUCACGUACCGUCGCGUAAUAUCUGUACCUAUAUCUACGUUUGUUCAUCGCGCUGAAACUGAAAUGAAAAGCUAAUCGUCGCGAUAACAACGGAUAAAGGUGGGUGAGAGGAGUCGAUUACGCAUAAAAAUUUUCAAAUUGCCGCUUGGCAUCUCAUAACGCUUCGGUAAUUAUCUUGAAAGUACGAAAAAGCUGCGCGUUACGCAACACCUCUCGACAAUACUCAUAUAGAGUAAGAUGGUAUAUCUUUUUUACACAAUCAUCCUUGCUCUCUUGCUUUCUUUUCAAUUUUAAAAUUGUUGAAGCCGUUUGUGCAUGCAAAUCUAACAAUGGAAGAGACAGCUAAAAAGCCCUCGCGAUCGAAAUAAUAACUGCAUAUAAUAAAAUUGAGUACAAACGAAAGAUGAUGACUCUCGAAAUUUUCUCUGAGGAACAAUCGACUUUGUUCAAGAACUUCUCGUUAAAAUCGUGCAUUUUAUAUAGAAGAUGUAUUGCUCUCAUCCUAUCUUUUGAGCGAAAGAUAUAGAAAGCGCACACGGCGGGGAUACAAUCUUAAUUACAGCGGUACUUAUGAUGCUCUCUUUCUUUCUUUCUCUCUCUCUCUCUCUUUCUCCCUCUCUCAUAUUACGUUAAAACUCGAUCGUUCACGAUAAUUAGCGGCUGAUCUUUGCCGGAGAUAAUCUUUUAGAAUCCAUCUUUGGCGGCGGGAACGUGCGGUCGAAGUAAAAUAUCGGACCGAGUUAAUCCCCGACACGGAAAUGCAACCGGCGUAUUGUAAAAUCUUUCAUGGAACAAUACCGCACGGCGAUAAGAGAGAAAGAGAGAGAGAGAGAGAGAGAGAGAGAGAGAGAGAGUCGCUCUUUUCAUUUUUCCCUGAUAUAUAUAAUAUAUAUAUAUAUAAUAUAUAGGUAUAGGAAGGAGGGCCGAGCCGUUGCCGUCUCGCAGUUUUAGAUGCAUUAAGGAUAAACGUUUUGUAAACUAAACGGGAAAGCUUUCGUGAGAAACGGGAGCUUCUAUGACACGGAAAGAGGAAAGGAGCGAAUACACAAUACUUUUGAAAUAACGAUCACAAAUCACUGUAAAUUUAUUACCGUCGAAUAGAGAUAUUUAAGUUCGGUGCAAUUGAAUCAGAGAGUUCGUUUAUAUCGGGAUCCGUGAUAAUGCAAGGUGCAAUUCUUUUCUGUAUUCCUCAAUUGAGCUCGAUCGUAAAACUUUGCUCUUUUGGAUACAAUUUGAAUAUCACAAAUAUCUUUCGUAAAUUAAUUAUUUAAUUUGUGCGCGAAAUAUAGUUUGUUAUUUAUUAUUGAACAAAUGAAGAUAAAUUGGACAAACUUAUAUAUAUUUUGCAGUCUGUCUUAUAUUUUAUAGAAUAUUUAUUUAAUUAAUACAAAUAAUAUGGAAAUAUAUUUCUUUAUCCUUUCCUCUUUCGCGCGUUUCCGGUCUACGUGACAAUGACAAAUCAAUGACAGAUUAAUGGAGGAGCUAAGUGGAGUGCCAUGAUGAUUAUUCUGUACAAGUCACUGUGCAUUCUAGCCCUGUAAGGAUAGCCGAUAGGACUAGCGAUUAAGCCGAAGCAUAUGUAGCGAUGUAUAACACAUAAGUUUAUAUUACAUAAUAAAAUGUGUCGAGAAAAUAAGCGGGCUCCCUUCUCGAUCUUCGAAUACAUAAUAUUUUUCACUUGCGACGUAUGAAUGGUAUUCGUAUAUAAUAAAGUAGUAAUUAUUUCAG